AUGAAUAGAAGAAUAAGAGGAGUUGAGCAACCAACUAAUCUUGUAAGAUUUGGUAUGCAAAUGAGACAGUAUCGAUAUGUAUCAAGAGGAGGUCCUGUUACCAGACAACAAAUUGAGCAAAAGGCUCAGGAACUAAGCAAUCGAUUGCAUGCAAGGGGUGAAAGAGGUGAAAUUCAAUUGGCACUAAGAUUUGAUGAUAAUUGGAGAAAUAGUAAAUUUACAAAAUUAGGAAAUAGAGUAUCUUUGUAUGUCUUGAAUGAUGAAAAAGGAUCUGAUCGAAUGCUCGAUGAACCAGACGAUGGUUUUCAAGAGUUUACUUUUUAUGUAAUUCCUGACAGAACAAGAGCUGGAGGUGCCAAAAGCGGAAGAACGACCUUAAAUGACUGCCUUUAUGAUUGCUUGAAAGAAGUCUAUGCGGAUGAUCUCAAACUUACACCUGAACAAUUUAAAGCUGAAUUGGGUUUACAACGUAAUGAUCCUGUACCAAUUGAUCUUUUACACAAGGUUGAGGAAUUAUUACCAAAAAAACCUUCAAUAAUUGUUUCAGGUGACCAUACCUAUGUAGGUGAGUCAAAAAAAUCAAGAACAAUUAGACUAUCCCUCCGCAAUGGUCAUUACACUCUUGACAAAAGUAAUCGUUUGAGUGCAAAGGGUAUUUCGUUCAAAGAAAGAAAACCAGUUGCCUACUUUAGACAUCACGGCCGUGAUGAUGUUACUGUUUCAUUCUAUGAUGGAAAAUUAUAUCAAAUUAAUUGUUUUGAAGAUAUAAAUCAAAAUGACAUCAAAUUUGAUUUUGACUUUCAUUUAAGUGAAACCUGUAAAACAAUGUCUUCACCAUAUUUAUUCAUCAAGUGUAAAUCUCUUGAUGAGAUGGAAGAAAAAUACAACUCAUUUAUAAGAGUUGCUGAUAUUAUUAAAAAAGAAACUAAAGAUUUAGUUAACUACUAUAAGUAUGGUAAUGUAAGACAAUCAGCAACUCAUUUAUUGCUUAAAACACUUCCAAAAGAUAUUGAGAUUGAAGAUGUAAGUGCGGAAGAAUCCUAUUGGAUAGAACAAGCAACAAUGUCUGCGAUGAUAUAUUCAGUAGAUCACUAUGAAGGACCACUAUAUAAGUAUGAUUAUAAAGCAAUGUAUGCGUGCAUAAUGAAAGAUUACAGAUUUCAUAUUCCAAUUAAAAGAGGUACAUUCAAAAAACUAUCUCAAGACGAAUUUAAUAAUUUAAAAUUCUAUCAAUAUGGUAUUUAUCAUGCAUCAAUCAAUCAAGAGGUUGGCCAAGAACGACUAUUUAAAUUCAAUCAAAAUGAUUAUUACACACACAUUGAUCUUACUAGAGCAAAAGAAUUGGGUUUACAAAUAAAUAUAAUAAAUGAUAACAAUGCAAAUGUACUAGAAUGGGAUCCUCAAUCGAAGAUUAGUUGUGAUAUUAUAUUUGGUAAUUUAAUUGAAAAAAUAUUAAAUUGGAUAAAGAAUGCCACAGAUGAUGAUGUUAAAUUAGAAUAUAAAAUGAUGUAUGCUCAAUUGUGGGGUUAUCUUGUGAGAAAAAGAAAACAAACAAUCUAUGAUCCAGGUAUGGAUAGUAUGUUUAAGAAAGAAGAUUCUAUCAAUAGAUCAUCAAACAAAAGUAGAUCAUUUGUAGGUGUGGAUAACUAUGAAGAGGGUGAUGAUUAUCAUAUGAUUGAGAGUACUGUUUAUAUCUAUAAUAAUCAAAAGAUUGAAAGCAUAGUACCACAUGAACGAUCAAAUAAAAUAAUUUUAUCAUAUACCGACAAUGUGUAUGAAACCCCUUUCGCAAGAUUAAAACCAUUUAUAAUAGCAAAAGGAAGAUCGAUGAUCAGUAAAAUUAUGAUAAAUGGCUUACAAUGUGAACCCAAUGAUGUUAAUAAUUAUAUUAAAAGAGUUCACACAGAUGGCUUUUAUUCAACUAAAAAAUUAAAUUUUAACACCCACUCAAAAGGUAAAUCACAUGCGAUUGAUGAUGUUCAAAUAGGUGUUGCACCAGGCGAUCUAAAAUAUGAGGGUUACACAGAAAAAGUAAUCAUUGAAAAAUUCAAGAAAGUUUUGGGAGAAUUCAAGUAG